AUGGAAAUCGACAAACAAAGUUCUGAAAAAGAGACACAGCCUCAGCACUGGACGAGCUGCAAGUUGAUUAUUGACCCCGCAUUGACAAAAGGACUGUACAAAGUGUACCGUUAUGAUGGACAAUAUUAUAACAUACCCGUGGAGGACUUAGGGCUGUUUCCUGUGGUUACACUCAGAGAUCCUCGUAUCUGCCGCCUGUGGAGCAAAUUCAUCAAGACUGACCUUUUACUUCCUAAAUUUAAGGUUGAUGGGUGGUAUAUCGACCCUGUUCCUCCCAAAGAAGUGACAUUCUCCAGGUUGAACGACAAUGUAAGGGAGGCGUUCUUGACUAAUAUGUGCAAAAAACAUGGGAACGUUGAAGAAGUGCAAAUAUUUUUCAGUCCAAAGAACAACAAGCACUUAGGGCUCGCAAAGGUCGUCUUCGACACAGUGAAGGCUGCUAAAGAAGCUGUUCAGCACCUGCAUCAGACAUCAGUGAUGGGAAAUAUUAUUCAUGUGGAAAUCGAUCCGAAAGGAGAAAACAGGGCUCGAUACCUCCAGCUCCUCUUACAAGGCCUCUACACUCCGUGGACGUUGCCAGUGGGCAGCAGUGAGGGAGCUCUUCAAAGCUUAAUCGACAGCUUACUGGGGAGCACAGCUACCCAGAGACAGGCGAGUAUCUCCAGCCCCACCAGCAUCGCUACCCCCCUGUCUUUGGACACCGCUUACUCGAGUAUUUGGCACGAUACACCCUGCAGCUUUGGGCUCACACCGCGUUCUCAGGGAACCCCCCGCACUCCUUGCUUCUCUGCUACUCCUCUCUCACAGGACUCCUGCUACUCCAGUCUUCAGGCGACUCCAGUCCUCCUGGGGGAGCCCUCUACAUAUAGUGUUCACAAACCGUCAAUAAGACGAGAGCUCUGCCAUGGUAAACCUGCGAGGUAUCACAGGGGAUCCGGCGAAGUCUCAGAUGCCAACUUCAUUUUAAAGCAUUGGCAACCACAGCCAACACACACACCAAACACGACUCAGAUACCAACCAGCAGGCAGCAGCUCACACUGUGGGGUCAAAAUGAAAAAUCAUCUUCUCUGGAUGAUACAGAGCCUUCCUUUGACAUUGUCUCCCCUUUUGAAGAGUCCAGAGAAGUACUCAGCACUACAUCCAAGUCUUUAAUCCACAAGUCUUUUAGCAUCAUGAGCAUUCAAUUAACGGCUAACCAGCAGACAGCAAAUAAUGAAAGUAGUUACAUAACAAACUUGUCUCCACCUGAUGCUGACUUUUCCUGUGUCAGCCCUCAUCCAGAGGUUGAGAGUUUGGACUCUCGCAUUGAAAGUUUACUAAUAAACAGCCAGAAUACUAAUCCUUCAUACUUUGUUAGAAGGACAGAUUUGGACUCUGAGGACAGCCCAGCAUCGCCCUGCUCACCAGGGUCUCCUUGUGGAUCCUACAAAGCAGACCAUCAGCACUUCUGCAACAAUACAGGGGAUGCCAGUUCAGCUUGGCUAGAAAAUGAAGACGAUGAAACUGCGGAAGCUGUUUCAUUUCUCACAAGGAACUCCCAAUCUCCCAAUCCUUCUGAUUUCACACAUUUGGAAAGGAGGGCUCACAUAAACAAUGAACAUCGGGCAAAAAAUGAAGACGAAGGACCACCUGGAGCUUUGACACCCACACCAGAGAUCCUCUCUCGUCCUCUGCCUCCACCUUUCUCUUCUCUUAAGAGCACCACUCCUCUUCAUGCUCCUCCUGUCAUUAGACCCAGAUCUUGCCAUCCACCAGUGCCCCCUUUUCCCUUCCCUAUCCCUCCCUUUCCUCCACCUGUCCCACCUCGCUUGCCAAAUGGUACCAUCCCCAUCCCACCUCCAGGCUGGAUCCCACCUCCAGGUCAUCACCCCCCGAUCCCCAUUCCUCCUCCCCAUAUUCCCCCUCCUCCUUCAAUCCCCCCUCCACUACCUUUUCUAAGACCCCCUCCACCUUUAAUGCUGCUUCCUUCUGUUCCCCCUCCUGCGCCCACCUUCCCCAUUCAGCCUAUAGGAGGUUUAGAUAAGGGGACUGCUCUAAGGCCUGGCAGCACACCUUUACCUUUACCUCAACCUCCCUGGCCAGCUCCACCUUUUCCCAGGUUUAACCCCUUUGUGCCACCUCCAGGCUUCCCACUCCUGCGGGAAAAUCCUCACAAGGUCACAAUAGAAAAAGUUCUCGAAGUAUUUAUGGAUGAACUGAGGUCGAUCAUUAAGAAGGACAUAACACGACGAAUGAUUGAAGGUGUCGCUUUCAAGGCGUUUGAGGACUGGUGGGAUUGUCUAGAGGAGAAAACAAAGAUACUAGUUUCUCCUUUGAAAAAUGGGUCACUGAGUGCUGAAAAGAGGACCAAACUAAUAGAUCCAGUCAGUCACAUCAGGGGCCAAGGCAGAAAACCUCCUCUGCCAUCCUUCAAGGUAAAAAGGAAAAAAGAUGAUCCAGCUUCAUCAGAAAAGACAGAUAAUGUUUUGUGUUCUAAUCAUGAACGUUCUGAAGUGCAGCAGGGGGUGAACACAUGUAGACCUGCAUCUGAGAGAGCCAAACGCAGACAUGCAAGACCACAUGCGCUGGAUAGUGAAGAUGAUGAUGAUGAUGAUGAUGGAGAUGAGGGGAACUCAGAAGAAGGCACACUUCAAGAUAAAGAAAUAACAUCAAACAAAGUUGAGGAUAUUUUGCCAGUUGAUGAUGAUCCUCAGAUCACGUCCAACAGAGAGGAUCAUGACGCAAGUGAUGAUAGAAAUCAACCCGAGGAAGAUGAGGAGUUUGCACAACAACACACAGAGGAUGAAGAUGCUGUCAUCUGCCAAACUAGUGAAGGAGAACAGAGUUUAGGCAGUGAGACUUGUUCAGAGAGCAGCUUGUCGGAGGAAAGCGAGUGCUCAUCAAACUUGGACUCCUCUGACUCGUUCACCUCAGAGAGCUUCGAGGACUCGUCAGACUCAGACCUCAGUCCCGAAGAAGACACAGAGGGCAACGAGGACGACAGGAGCGGUGACUGUAUCAUUAUAUCGUCAGAUGAAGAGUCAAUGGAGCUUGAACCACCCGUCACACCCUCUGCCCCGUUAACACCUGGUGCUCAGUUGGAGCUGGAGCUGCAGGACUGGUCUACUCCAUCUCAUAGGGAAGAAACUGAGGAGAACGAGUUCACAUCCUUUCAGCAAGAAAUACGUGAUUUAGAUACCAUGAUGGAGCUCCAACCCAGCAAACCCCAGGAGAUUCUUCAUCCCCUGUCGCCUAUUGGACUCCCAGCAGCAGAGCCACACCUCGAUGUGGAAAUGGAGAGCCCUGAAUGGAGGAUAGAGCCACUUGAGAACAUGGAAAACCUGAGGCCUCUAACCCCUUCAGGCUACGUAUUGGACAGUGACCCUGACCUUCUGUUAGGAAGUAAGCCAACAUCUCCAGCUGUGGAGGAGGUGGAACGACCACAAACACCAGGCAGGGGGAUAGUGGAAGUACUGGAAAGGGAGGACUCUGCAGAAGAAGUCCUCUCUCUCUCUCCAACAAGCUCUGAGCUUGUUCUUGCUCUCUCUGAUCCCCUGCCAUCAUACCCAUCAUAUCAGGAAAGGCCUAAAACUCCUGGUAGAGAGGACAGAAGAUGGACUCUCUGCAGCUCAGUUAGAGCUCCAGCAACACCAGGCAGAGAGACCAUCUUGUCAGGAAGUAGCACAGUGAUGUGCCCAAAUCUUUGCAGCCCCCCUCCUGUGCCAUCCAACCCAUACAUCACAGCCCCAAAGACUCCAGGACGGGACAUAAUCCUACCUCCAAGAGCCAUAGUCCACAGAAGGAAAACUCAAACAACCACCUCACAGCCUCUGUUCUGCGAGUCCCUCAUGGGUUCCUCUCCCUUGAGCCCAUCUGAGUCCUCAUCUGACUCUGCUGAUGGGAGGCCCAUGUGGAUCAGGUCAGGUGUGAGGAUGAAGCCUCUGCAGGGACUGGAAAACAUGCCCGGACUUCUAGAUGAGGAGAAUAGGAGAGAGACAGAGAAAUCCUCACUGAGGAGAAAACAUCUGAGGAGGCUAAAGAGGAGAAUCUUUAAAAGACAGAAAUACCUUAAAAGAAUCACAGGUCCGCCUCGUUCCUCUUGUUGCCGUCCUAACAGGUGGAGUUCACUCCGUGAGGAGAGGAGGAUAAUUCAUCGGGUUUGGAAGGAGGGCCUGGAUGAGGAAGAUUCGAGGCUGCUGCAGUGCACAUACGAAAAGUUACAGGAGGAGGAUAAUGGCUUUGGGUGGCUGAAUGACACCCUGUGGAUACCUCACCCUCUGACCAAAGUUGUUCCUGAGACAAGUGAUGAACACAAUCCCUGGCUUCCCCACCACAGGACUGGCUCUGCUCGCAGUGAAGGAUUCUACAGAAUCAGCAAGACAGAUAAAUUAAAGUAUCUCAUCAACACAAUGCUGACCACUGAGCUUCCAUCUAGGAGUACUCAGGGGAAGUGCAUCCCAGCCCAGCAGCCGACCUCCCUGCGAGCUGGAUCAGACUUCAGGUCUGAACAGCGACGUCUGCUGUCCUCGUUCAGCUGUGACAGUGACCUGGUCAAGUUCAACCAGCUAAAGUUCCGGAAGAAGAGAAUUCGUUUCACCCGGAGUCAUAUCCACGAGUGGGGCUUGUUCGCAAUGGAGCCUAUAGCAGCAGAUGAGAUGGUGAUUGAGUAUGUGGGCCAAAUCGUCAGACAGGUCAUUGCUGACAUGAGGGAGCAGAGGUACGAGGAGGAGGGCAUUGGGAGCAGCUAUUUGUUCCGGGUUGAUCAGGACACCAUCAUUGAUGCUACUAAAUGUGGGAAUUUGGCCAGAUUUAUCAACCACAGCUGCAAUCCCAACUGUUAUGCAAAGAUCAUCACUGUGAACUCUCAGAAAAAGAUAGUGAUUUACUCCAGGCAGCAGAUAAGCGUGGACGAAGAGAUCACGUACGACUACAAGUUUCCCAUUGAGGACACAAAGAUUCCUUGUUUAUGUGGAGCAGAUAGCUGCCGUGGCUCCCUGAACUAAAGAAGUGUCCUGAUUAUGUGAAGAGCCAAAGUAGCCCGGCGGUAGUGCACAAUGUAAACACAGACACUAAAGAUGUUUGAAAGCAUCCAUUUUUAAUAUGUGAAAAAUAAGCAGUCAUUAAGUG